GAGGGAAAGCAAACACACACACUCCAUCAAAGCAUAGCAAUAAGCCAAAAAACAAACAAAGAUACAAACAUGAGUUCCUAUACCAAUGGCAAUGGGAAAGUGAACAAUGGUGACAGUAGUGAUACACUCUCUGCUAUGGUGUUAGGUUCUGUUAUGGUUCUUCCUGCAGUUCUUAAUGCUGCAAUUGAACUCAAAUUAUUUGAUAUCAUUGCUACCAGCAAUGAUGGAUUUAUGUCUGUCUUUGAAAUUGCUUCAAACUUACCAAAUCAACACUCCGACUUACCAAAUAGACUCGAUCGUGUUUUGUGCGUGCUUGCUAGCUACUCUCUUCUUUCUGUUUCCAAUCGCACCAACGACGAUGGUACUACUUUGAGAGUUUAUGGGGUCACUUCUUCUGGCAAAUACUUUAUUGAUGAUGAAAAUGAUGGUGGUUAUUUGGGCUCAUUCACACCAUUUACUUGUCACAAGGCUUUGUUUGGAAUGUGGUCUAAUUUCAAGGAAGUAAUAGUGAAUGAGGAAAUUGACCUAUUCAAGAAAGUUAAUGGGAUAUCUAUGUAUGAGUACUUUGGAAAAGAUUCACAAAUAAACAAAAUAUUUAACAAAUCAAUGACUGAUACAUGCAAUGUUGAGAUUAGAAAAAUCGUUGAAGAAUACAAAGGUCUUGAGGGAGUAUCAACUAUGGUUGAUGUAGGAGGUGGCAGUGGACAAAGUCUCAAAACUAUUAUUGCCAAAUAUCCAUCAAUAAAGGGAAUCAAUUUUGAUCUUCCUCAAGUCAUUGAAAAUGCACCACCUACUCCAGGGAUCCAACAUAUUGGAGGAAGCAUGUUUGAAAGUGUUCCACAAGGAGAUGCCAUACUACUUAAGAGUGUAUGCCAUAACUGGUCGGAUGAACAAUGCAUACAAAUUUUAAGCAAUUGUCACAAAGCUUUACCACCAAAUGGGAAGGUCAUUAUCAUCGAACUCGCAAAACCAGAUGUUCCAGAACCAACAGACGCAUCUCGAUUCAUUUAUGGUAUGGAUAACAUCAUGUUUCUCACGGUUGGUGGAAAGGAAAGAACUCUGAAAGAAUAUGAAAGUUUGGGUAAACGAUCUGGAUUUGUUAAGUUUCAAGCUGCUUGUCGUGUUUUCUCCAUUCUCGAAGUGAUGGAACUUUACAAAUAAUUAUGGCUCACAUGAAUUGUAAUUUUAAGCUCAAAUCUGUGGAGGAUUGAUUGAUAUUUCUGCAUGAGUUUUCCUACAUCAAUUUACCUCACAUUGAUCGUUAAGCUUUUCUUUUGGCUUGUAACUUUUAUUUUAAUCAUGAACUGAACUCAUUUUUACUUUACCAUGGAUCCGAUCCAUUUGGAUUCUUCUGGUAUUGUUUUUAAUGAGAUAGUUCUUUUGUACUUGUUCAAGUGUUUCUUUGGGUUUUGGUCUAAUCCCCGAGAUUAUGAUCUUGUAAUUUAUUUUUCAAUAAUAAAUUUUAUAAAGUUCUGCAAGUUUAUGUCA